AUGGCUCCAGUAGUUCUAGACGAUAAAUCUGCAUCUGAAUCACCAAGAAGCGACUCUCCAGUCCACGGCCUCUCCAGUGUUGUCAAGGACAUCACUCUUGGUCGUUAUGUGUUCGAGAGAUUGCUCAACUGUGGUUCCAAGACCAUUUUCGGUGUUCCAGGUGACUUCAACUUGCCUUUGCUAGAAUACUUGUACGAAGAAGAGUUGGUGCAAAACGGGCUCCAAUGGGUUGGUACUUGUAACGAAUUGAACGCUGCAUAUGCUGCGGACGGUUACUCCCGUUACACUAGUAAAAUCGGUUGUGUAAUCACCACAUUUGGUGUCGGUGAAUUGUCCGCUUUGAACGGUAUUUCUGGUGCCUUUGCGGAAGAUGUUAAGGUCUUGCACAUUGUCGGUGUCAGUCCAACCAAGUUCAGAAAGAAUGACAAGUUCCGUUCCCACAAUGUUCACCACUUGGUUCCAGACUUGGAUGGUGACAAGGAACCAAACCACGAAGUUUACUUCGAUAUGAUUAAGGACAGAGUUUCUUGCUCUAGCGCUUUCUUGCACGAUGUCGAAUCUGCACCAGAAAAGAUCGACAAGGUUAUUGCUGAUAUUUACAAGUACAGUAAGCCAGGUUACAUCUUUAUUCCAGCUGAUUUCGCUGAUGAAAUGGUCUCUAAUAAGAACUUGGUUGAGACCCCAGUUAUAGACUUGCCUUAUGUCAUUGAAAACACAACCUCUAAGGAUGCUACCAAAAAGGCCGGUGACAAAAUCUUGCAAUGGCUAUACGAAUCUAAGACUCCAUCUGUCUUUUCCGACGCUCUAGUUGGUAGAUUUAACUUGAACAAGGAUAUUCGUGAGCUAAUCAACAAGGUUGACAUGUGGAACUUCACCACUGCCAUGGCUAAGUCUUCUUUGGACGAACAUCACCCAAAGCAUUUGGGUGUCUACAAGGGUGCUGAAACUGGUAAGGAAAUGCAAUCCAUUGUGGAAAUGAGUGACUUGAUCCUACACUUUGGUCCUUGUAAGAAUGAAAUCAACUUUGGUUACUACACUUUCCGUUACAACGACAACGCCAGAGUUGUUGAACUUUCGAAGGACAAGAUCACAUUCUUCGAAACUAAGGCUAAUGGUUCAGUUGAAGUUCAAGAAGCUAACUUUGCUGCCGUUUUGAAAUACAUGAAUGAAAACCUAGAUGUCUCCAAGAUUUCCACCGCUUACCCAUCUGUCUCUAGAACUAGAGAACACAUCGAAUUUGGUGAAGAUGAUGAAAUUAGUCAACAGAGUUUGAAGCGUAUAGUGGAGAAUUUCUACAACCCUGGUGAUGUUUUGGUUGUUGAAACUGGUUCUUUCCAAUUUAACUUGAUCAACAUGAAAUUCGCUCCAGAAAUGAAAUAUAUGACACAAACAUUCUACCUUUCUAUUGGUAUGGCUUUGCCAGCUGCAUUAGGUGUCGGCUGUGGUAUGCGCGACUACCCAAGAUCUCACAUUAUCAACCAAUCUGCUGUCCCAGCAGACUAUGUUCCAAAGUUGAUCUUGUGUGAAGGUGAUGGUGCUGCUCAAAUGACUAUUCAAGAAUUUGCUUCUUACAUUCGUUACAAGAUCCCAAUGAACAUUCUUUUGUUCAACAACAAUGGUUACACUAUUGAAAGAGCUAUUCUAGGACCAACCAGAAGUUAUAAUGAUAUUGCACCAGUUAAGUGGACCGCUUUGCUUAACGCUUUUGGUGACUUUGAAAACAAAUUCAGUGAAACUGUUACUGUUUCCAAGAAUAAGGAAAUCAUUGAAGUUUUGAACGAAUGGAAAAAGGAGAAGGUUCCUUCUAAGAUCAAGUUGGCAGAAGUUAUGUUACCAGUUAUGGAUAUUCCUUCUGAGUUGGAUGCUAUGUUGGUAAAUGGUAAGCCAAAAUAA